AUGAAGCUUUUCAACUUUUUCACCGUCGGAGCUCUUGCUAGCGAGAUGACUCUCAGCCGAACCCGACGAGAUGUUGCCUACUCCUUCUCUGGAGAGGAAGCUGCUGACUUUUACUCCGACAUCCUUGCUGAUAUCUCCGGAGGUAGCGUUGACGAAAUCGAUCAGCUCAUCAUGAACCUCAUGGACAGCGGAGAGUUAGAAGGACUUCGAGCUAUGGACGAAUUCUCCAUGCGAAAAUUCCGACAGCUCAAGAUCGUCGUCCUCUGGCUCCAGCAAGAACAACUUUUCGGACGAUACUGCUACUACGGUUGCUACUGUCUUCCAGAAGGCUCUCACGACAUCGCUUCCGGUGGAUACGGAAAGCCCCAGGAUAACAUCGAUCGAUCUUGCAAGGACUUCAAGCAGUGCUACAGAUGCCUCAACGAAGAAUACAGCGAUGUUAGCCGAGGAUGCGCCGGUGAAGAGUUCGGCUACCGAUUCGACCUCAUCACCAACGAUGAUGGCACCAAAGACGUCCAAUGCACCAACAGACUCGGCUCUUGCCGACGAAGCAUCUGCGAGUGUGAUCUCCAGCUCGCCCGAGCUCUCUCUAAAUAUGAGAGUGAGUGGGACGAAAGCCUCCAUUCCGUCAAGGGAGGUUUCGACCGAGAGGCUACCUGCGUGAAACCAAUCGGUGGUGGCAACCCAAUCGUCGAGUGCUGUGGUGACAAGACCACCUUCCCCUUCAACACUCCCCGACGAGCAAAUCAGUGCUGCGAUGGCACAGAAGUCAAGCCAGAGGGCCAGUGUUAA